AUGACAUUCAGUAAGGGGUCAAUCCCAGAGAUCCCACUGAUCUCAUUAGUCACGUCAACUCCUGAGGAUGUCCUUCAAGCUCUGUCCACGGUAGGGUUCAUCCAUCUGGACCUUGAAGGGACAGUACUGAGGCAGGAAGAUGUCGAUCGAGCCUUCGAGAUAUCCGCGAUCAUCCAUUCGAUUCCAAUGGAAGAUCGCAGAGACUCCAUGCUGGACGCUAGAAGUAACGGCUACAGAGGCAUGAUAGACUCGCUGGACGAGCGCAGCAAGAAGCCCGACUGGAAGGAAAGUUUUGGGUGGGGCAGGUUUGAAGCUGGCGCUGGAGAAUCGGAAACUACGCAGGUUCUGCCAGAAGCGCUAGAAAUAUACAAACCAGAGAUGGCGUCGUUCAGUAGUAAAUGCUUUGACACGUCGCUGCGCGUUCUCGACAUGCUGUCCAAAGCUCUUAACGUACUCUUCCACCCGACUUCUUUCGAUCCAAGCACCGAGACGCAGGAGAAGACAUACGCGCUGGUAGCCACAAAGUGGGGAGAUAUCACACUUCUCUUCCAGGAACAGAAUGGCCAGCCUGGGCUUCAAAUAUACCUGCCAACAGAAGAAGUAAAAGCACAAAGGGGGCUUCAGUUGAUUCAAGGCGAUGUGGACCUUGAGUCAGGACUAUGGAUCUCCGCACCCAUCAUUCCCAACACCGUCCUAGUCAACGUCGGACUCAUCCUAGAGUUCAUGACCGACGGCAUUUGCAAGGCUAACGUGCACCGAGUCAUCUUUCCUCCAUCGGCUGAAGGGGAACUACCCAGGAAUCGCAAGUCCAUUGCGUAUUUUAGCACACCUAGCUUCGAUGUGGAGAUGAGCCAGGUCAGGCCUGAUGGUACUAUAGUAAAGGCGCAAGAGUCGUCUUCUGUGGGCGAAUUUUUUGCAGAACGGCAACGCUUGGCUCGGGCUUCUUAACUUAGCGACCAUGCUUAGCUUGCGACUGAGAUCGGCAAAAAUUUCAGAAGAUCGUACCGUCACAGUACCGGAUAUAAACAUACCAUCGAAAUCUUUACUUUGAUCCACUGACUAUCUCGUUUCUUUGGGAGGGAGGUUAAGUAGUGG